AUGGCCGCUUCCACAAUGUCUCUCUCUUCUUCAUCAUUGGUUGGGAAGGCAAUCAAACUUUCUCCAUCCAAUCAGGACUUUGGGGUGGGAAGAGUUACAAUGAGAAAAACAGUCACAAAGAAGGUUUCUUCUGGUAGUCCAUGGUAUGGACCGGAUCGUGUCAAAUACUUGGGUCCAUUCUCCGGCGAAGCUCCAUCAUACCUCACCGGUGAGUUUCCCGGAGAUUACGGUUGGGACACUGCUGGACUUUCAGCUGAUCCAGAGACCUUUUCCAAAAACCGCGAACUAGAGGUCAUCCAUAGCAGAUGGGCUAUGCUGGGAGCCUUAGGGUGUGUCUUCCCGGAGCUCUUGGCUCGCAACGGUGUCAAAUUCGGGGAGGCAGUGUGGUUCAAGGCAGGAUCACAAAUCUUCAGUGAGGGUGGACUUGACUACUUGGGUAACCCAAGCCUUGUCCAUGCACAGAGCAUUCUUGCGAUAUGGGCAACUCAGGUUAUCUUAAUGGGAGCUGUUGAAGGUUACCGCAUUGCUGGUGGACCUCUUGGUGAGGUGGUUGACCCACUGUACCCGGGUGGUAGCUUUGACCCAUUAGGCCUUGCGGAAGAUCCAGAAGCAUUUGCGGAGUUGAAGGUGAAAGAACUGAAGAAUGGUAGGUUAGCGAUGUUCUCAAUGUUUGGAUUCUUCGUUCAAGCAAUAGUAACAGGAAAGGGGCCUAUAGAAAAUCUUGCUGACCACUUGGCUGACCCGGUUAAUAACAAUGCUUGGGCAUAUGCCACAAACUUUGCUCCUGGAAAGUGA